CUGCUGGCCGACCUGCUGGCCAACUACGACCCGCGCUCGCGGGCCGUCCUCAACGCGAGUGAAACCGUGUCGGUGUCGGUCGGCCUGGAUCUGCAGCACGUGGAUCUGCACGUCCGGGAGAGCGAGGCCACGCUCCAGCUGUGGGUGAGCCUUCAGUGGGUGGACCCGGCGCUACGCUGGGAGCCGGCCGACUACGGCGGUGUACACGACGUGCACCUGCCGCGGGCCGACAUCUGGACGCCGGACGUGAUGAUGUACAACAUGCUGCCUCGGCCGCGGUCGGACUGGCUGACGCCGACACUGGUCAUCGUCUUCAGCUCGGGUGAAAUCACGCACGUGGGCCCGGCCGCGUUCCGCGUACGCUGCAUGCGCGACUUCUCCGGACAGAAGGUGGAUAGCUACCGCUGCGACGCCAAGCUCGGCUCGUGGGCGUACGACGGCUUCGCGGUGGACUUCGUGAGCGAAACGGUUGACCUCUCCAACUAUGUCGUCACCGAUCCGCUCUGGGAGCUGCACGACGCCACCGUCCGGCGCAACGAGAAGUUCUACACCUGCUGCGAGGAGCCGUACAUCGACCUGACGCUGACCAUCGAGAUGCGUCGGGCAGGCUCGUUCGCCGUGUGGCCCAGCCUGCCGGUGGUCGUAUCGGCGAUCGCGUCGGCCGCCACCUUCCUCCCCGCCUGCCUGCGCCACUGUCUGAGCGGCGCGCUGUCCCACGUCUGUUGCCUGACCGUGGCGCCGGACGCGGCGGAGAAGGCCGACGCGCUCGAUCACGAGUGGACGGCACUCGCCGAACUGCUCGACCGGCUGGUCGGCGCCGUUUUCUUCACGCUACUUGUCGUCUCCUCGGCCACGUUUUCCAUGUAG